AUGCUGCUCCCACGCCGGAAACACUCCGCCGGGGGGAACAGCAGCGUGUUACGCACUUCCUGCGUCACAGCCAAACCGCUCCCUCCUCUCUUAGGGCGGGGGCGCCGAGUUCCUGACCCGCUUGGGGCCGAGUGGCCAAUGAACGCUCGGCCACGCCCCUUCCAUGCCGCGACUCGGCUCGGCUGCGGACGGUGCGAACGGGGGAAGCGGCGCCGGGGAGCGGAUAGUCCCUGGUCCAGCUCAGUGCUCCCUAGAAAGAUGGAGAUGGCAGAAGAAGAAGAUAUAAAAUUUAUCACCGAUGAGAAGUUUGACUUUGGUCUGUCUUCUCCUUCAGACAGCCGGGAGGAGGAGGUCCAGCAUGUCGAGAGGGGCGUGGCACAAGGGCUCGACCUGAACAUGCAGCAGAGGGAGGACACGGGCCGGAGCAGAGAGUGCCUGGCCCGCUGGAGCCCACUGAGUGCUGAGAAGCUGGAGGAGAUCGUGAAGGAGGCCAACUGGCUGGCCGUGCAGCUGGAGAGGUGCAGCCUGCGGGAGAAGGAGAAUGCCAGGGCCGGGCUGCUGGGAGACACAGCGCUGGGCCCAGCGGGGGAGCCCCUUGUGUCCAUGCGGCUCCCGCACAAGGAGCGGGCGAGCCCCCGGAGCCCCCGGCGCGAGACCUUUGUGGUGAAGAACAGCCCCGUCAGGGCGCUGCUGCCCACCGUGGAGCCAGGGACGCUCCUCCCCCCGGGGAAAAGCCCCUCGCCAUGUGCCAGAGCAGCACCGACUCCCCCCCGCCUCCGACACAAGCUGGGCAGCUGCUCCGCUGGCAGCGAACGGCUCCGUAAGAAAUCCACCCCCAGCAAGGGCCCCGCUCUGUCUCCCACAAAGAGAACCGAGAAGCUGAGCCUCCAGGACCGGCCGCCCAGCUGUGCAUCACCUGCCCGGGGAAGGAGAGAACCAAUGGGCCCCAGGCCAUCUCCCUCCCAGCCCCGCCCUGCCCAAGAGCCCUCGACACCCUGCAGGAGAGCGGAGCCCCUCCAGGAAGCAAGUGCAGGUCAAGCUAAGGCCUUCAGGGGCGAUGCUCCCCAGCUCCCAGCCAGCGCCAGGCCUGCCCCCGGUGCACCCGCCCACCAGACCCAGGCCAGGAGUAUGGCUGCCCCUGUGCCCACGAGUCGCCGCCUGGUGCCCAGCAGCAUCCCCAAGCUGGCCAGCCGCGUCAUCGUCCUGAGCAGGGCUGCCGUGCCCGGGAGGCCCAGCCAGCCGCAGCCCGCAGGCCGUGGCUCAGCUGGCAGGAGAGUGCUGCCGAGCGCAGCCGGACGGAGAGGCCCCGGCCUUCAGCGAACGGCCCCUCCAGGAAGCAGGCUGCAGCCACCCCGGGAGGUGACCUUGCCCAGGUCUCCGAGGUAAAGCUCUCCCACUGUGUGGUGUGUGAGCCAUAUGGGAGCAGAGCUGCAGAUCAGAGCAACCCCUGCGAGCUGUUUGCCCCAGG